AUGUUUGCGGUGGAGAAUGGGUCAGGAGACCCAAGACCACAGGCCAUCUCCGACGCCAUUCGAGUCAUCCCGCACUUCCCCAAGACUGGAAUCAUGUUUCAGGACAUUACGAUGCUGUUGCUGGAUCCAGUUGCUUUCAAACAUGUCGUUGAUAUCUUCGUCGAUCGUUACAAGCACAUGAACAUCUCCCUCGUUGCCGGCGUAGAGGCGAGAGGAUUCAUAUUUGGAUCUCCCAUCGCAUUAGCCAUAGGUGCCAAGUUCAUUCCCAUACGUAAACCGGGAAAAUUACAUGGGAGGGUGAUAAGCGAAGAGUACGAGCUUGAGUAUGGGAGUGAUCGUCUAGAGAUGAGUAUGGAGGCCGUCAAAUCCUACGAACGCGCUCUUGUCAUCGACGAUUUAGUUGCCACUGGUGCCACGCUCUCUGCUUCCAUUAGCCUUUGGGUAACGCGUGCUGGAGCCGAAGUUGUGGAAUGUGCCUGCCUUGUUGGUUUGCCUAGAUUCAAGGGACAGUGUAGGCUGAAGGGAAAGCCAUUGUACGUUUUGGUGGAACCUAGCCACUUUGAUGGGUUAACCAUUUAA